AUGGGCACUGCCAGGUUUUUAUCACUUCUGCCAGAUAAUAGCUCACCGGACUUGAUCUGGAGGAGCUGGCAAGGUGUUGAGCGGCAGAGCCCUCGGGGUCUCAAAGCAGCAGUGGCCAUGACCAGCCCAGACCGCUCCUUCUUCCUCGGCAAUCACUGGCUCUUCUUCUCCGUGUACCUCUUCACCUUCCUCGUGGGGCUCCCCCUCAACCUGAUGGCCCUGGCGAUCUUCGUGGGCAAGCUGCGGCGCCGCCCGGUGGCCGUGGACGUGCUCUUGCUAAACCUCACCCUCUCGGACCUGGUCCUGUUGCUCUUCCUGCCGUUCCGCAUGGUGGAGGCGGCCAGUGCCAUGCACUGGUCCCUGCCCUUCGUCUUCUGCCCCUUCUCCAGGUUCCUCUUCUUCACCACCAUCUAUCUCACGUCCCUCUUCCUGGCAGCUGUGAGCACAGAGCGCUUCCUGAGUGUGGCCUACCCGCUUUGGUACAAGACUCGGCCGAGGCCGGGGCAGGCUGGCCUGGUCAGUGGGGCCUGCUGGCUCCUGGCCGCUGCUCACUGCAGCGUGGUCUACGUCAUCGAAUUCUCAGGGGACUCCUCCCCUAGCCAGGGUAUCAACGGGACCUGCUACCUGGAGUUCCGGGAGGAUCAGCUGGCCCUUCUCCUGCCUGUCCGGCUAGAGAUGGCAGUGGUCCUCUUUGGGGUGCCCCUGUUUAUCAGCAGCUACUGCUACAGCCGCCUGGUCUACAUACUCGGGAGGGGAGCAAGCCAUCGCCGUCGGAAGAGAGUGGCAGGGCUGGCGGCCGCCACGUUGCUCAACUUCCUCGUCUGCUUUGGGCCCUACAACGUGUCCCACAUCGUGGGCUACAUCCAGGGUAAAAGCCCCACGUGGAGAAGUUACGUGCUGCUCCUCAGCACCCUGAAUUCCUGCUUCGACCCCCUCGUCUACUAUUUCUCAUCAUCUGGAUUCCAAGCUGACUUCCAGGAAUUGCUGGGACGGCUGACUGGGUCCUGGGGCCCUUGGCGGCAGGAGAAUGGCAUCACCUCGAAGAAGAGUGAGGGAGAGGGGCCACCGCAAGAGCUGUUCAAUAUAGAGGCCAGCUAG